GAAGCUGCUGCCGCUGAUUUUCUUUUUCUUCUUUCUAAUUACACAACUGAGUCUUUUUCCAUUUUUCUGCGUCACUCCAUCACUUCUGUGCGCGUGCGCGCUUCACCCAGCCAGGGUCCGAGCGCCUCAACUCGCUUGUCAGCCGGAGAAGAUGAAGAUGAAGAUGAGGAAGAUAACGUUUGUGCUGUCAACCAUUUUGCUUUGCGCGGCGGCGCAACUUCCGGAGCAGCAAGCGAUGGACGUGCUGAGCGCUCAGGACUCUAAGCGCGCGGACCAGUUUUGGGGCGGCGCCGGCGCGACCGCCGACGUCUUUGUGGCGGCGGCCGUCCGCCUGCCGCCCAAGACGGGCGGAGUCCUCCUGGGCGUGUACGGGAAGCGUGACAACAGGAAGUACCUGGAAGUCGCCGUCACGGCCAAAAUCAACAAAGUGUCGCUUCGCUUCUGGCGUUCGUCGGACGGUAGGGUUCACACGGUCAACCUGGCGAACGGCAACGUGUCGGACGGGCGACGCCAUUCGCUGGUCAUCCGUCUGGGCGACCUUCAGCGUGAGAGCGCGAGGGCGGAGCUCUACGUGGACUGCCGAUUGGCCGACGCGGCAGAUGGCGUGCCCCUUCCGCAGCCCCUCCCCCGGGAGGCGGACGCGGUGGAGAUCCGACACGGACAGAAGGGCUACGCACGCGUACAGGGUGCCGUGGAGUCCCUUUGGUUGGCGCUAGGGGGCAGCGUGGCUCAAGCCGGCGCCCUGGUCGACUGUCCCUUUCAACGUGACUCCGCCCACAAUUUAGCGAGCGGUGACCUGCACGCCGUCCUGGCUGACCACGCCAAAGCUCUGAUUGGACAGAUGCUCCUCUUCAAUCAGAUGCUGGGGGAACUACGACAGGAUGUCAAGGAGCAGGUGAAGGAGAUGUCUCUGCUGAGGAACACCAUCUUGGAGUGUCAAGUUUGCGGUUUCCACGACCCGCGCUCUCGCUGCUCGCCCAACCCGUGCCACCCGGGCGUGGCCUGCGCCGACAGCCCGCACUUCCCGGGCUUCGCCUGCGGCCCGUGCCCGCCCGGCACCGUCGGGAACGGGACGCGCUGUCACGACGUGGACGAGUGCGAAGCGCAGCCGUGCUUCCGGCCGUCGGCCUGCGUCAACACGGACGGUGGAUUCCGAUGCGACCCGUGUCCUCCCGGCCUGCGGGGGGCGCCGCUCGCCGGGACCGGACUGCGCUACGCCAAGACGCACAAGCAGGUCGCGCACGCACACGCAUCGGCAACGCUGGACAGGAAGUGGAGGGUCUCAUGCUGUGAGUGCGUGGACAUCGACGAGUGCGUCGAGCUCGCCAACGCGUGUGUCCAAAACUCGGUGUGCACCAACACAGUGGGUUCAUUCCAGUGCGGCGCCUGUAAUGCCGGUUACCUUGGCAACCAAACAGUCGGCUGCUUCCCCCGCAGUUCCUGUGCCACGUUGACCUUUAACCCCUGCGACACCCAAGCUGACUGCGAGAUCGAAAGGAACGGCGUGCCGUCCUGCACGUGUAAGGUGGGUUGGGCCGGUAACGGCAACACGUGCAGCGUGGACACGGACCUGGAUGGCUACCCCGACCGCUCGCUGCCCUGCCUGGACAACAACAAACACUGCAGACAGGACAAUUGUGUGUUGACUCCGAAUUCAGGUCAGGAGGACGCUGACAACGACGGCAUCGGGGACCAGUGUGAUGACGACGCGGACGGCGACGGCAUCAAAAAUGUGGAGGACAACUGCCGUCUGGUUCCCAAUAAGGACCAGCAGAAUUCCGACAGCGACUCGUUCGGCGACGCGUGCGACAACUGCCCCAACCUGUCCAACGGCGAGCAGACCGACACGGACGGAAACACCAGAGGAGACGCCUGCGACCUGGACAUCGACGGAGACGGCAUUCCAAACGUGCUUGACAAUUGUCCCAAGGUUCCUAAUCCCAUGCAGACAGACAGAGAUCACGACGGCGUUGGAGACGCCUGUGACAGUUGCCCCGAACUCAGCAACCCUACACAAACUGAUAUAGACAACGACUUAGUGGGAGACAUUUGUGACACCAACCACGACACGGACGGCGACGGCCACCAGGACAACCGCGACAACUGUCCCGACAUUCCCAACAGUUCUCAGUUAGACUCGGACAACGACGGCCUCGGAGAUGACUGCGACCCGGACGACGACAACGACGGCGUCCCGGACCACAGAGACAACUGCAGACUCAUUGUGAAUCCUCACCAGCAGGACUCGGACUUGAACGGCGUCGGCGACGUGUGCGAGUUGGACUUCGACAACGACGCGGUUUGGGACGCGCUGGACGCGUGUCCCGAGAGCGCCGAGGUGACGCUGACCGACUUCCGAGCUUACCAGACAGUCGUUUUGGACCCCGAGGGUGACGCCCAGAUCGACCCCACCUGGGUGGUCCUCAAUCAGGGUAUGGAGAUCGUCCAGACGAUGAACAGCGACCCAGGCCUGGCCGUUGGCUACACGUCGUUCAACGGCGUGGACUUUGAAGGAACUUUCCACAUCAACACGGUGACGGACGACGACUACGCCGGCUUCGUGUUCUCCUACCAGGACUCGUCCAGUUUCUAUGCCGUCAUGUGGAAACAGACGCAGCAAAUCUAUUGGCAGACGCGACCGUUUAGCGCCAUCGCAAGCCCCGCCUUCCACCUCAAGAACAAAGAGGAAAAUGUGUGGAAAGUAGUUUUCGGGGGUGGAAUAAAAUGCAAGCAGUGAAAGUCGGGACUCACGUGAAGUGGUCUGCCAGAAGUGUGUCGGACCGCAUGCCAACGAGUUCCAUCUGAACAUCAGGUGAAUGGAGAAGAAACCAUGUUCAUUUCACUCUCAACUGUCUUGAAAUCGCCUUGAAAACUCAACAUGCAGUGACUGCAACAUGGAUGAGAUGAUAGUGCGCCAAGCGCGAGUGCAAACGUUCUCUCGUUUGUCUUGAGAGAAGCAGCGACUUCCUCAUGAAAGCCUUCGCUGUGCUCUACGUGUCACGCAAAACAAAAUUUGCAUUUUGCAUUUACCUGCAUGGAGACAGCGCUUCCUGUUGUCCCGCUCAUCGACUGCACGGAAGAUGGGUAGCUGCGCAGUGCCGCUCGCGUUCACCGCAACUCUCAUCCAGAGCCAGGGAAAAAUAGUUCCUCAAAUGCUCCCUCCCUCUCUGUACAUAUCAGGGCAGCAGUGUCCACCAAACUGCCCGUCAGAAAACGAUUGACUUUUUUGGGGCGAUUUUGUGAGAUGAUGAUGAUGGUGAUGAUGAUGUUGUAACUUGUCUUGAAAACUGCUUCCCUGGAUGUGCAGUUUUAUAAAAGGUCCCUGCCUUUGCUAGCAAAACCAACUCCUUUGCGCGCGCUCCCCUCAGUCAAAUUCUCGUAUUUUUCCUCGUGUUUGGUGACAUAGUAGCGAUUCAGUUUAGUCCUUGAACACAGGUCAGGCACCCGUGUGCCGCAAACUGCACACGACUUCAGUCAAUAAAUAUUUAGCAGUCCAUUAUUUUGCGGAAUACACACCGUUCGGUAUCAACUUUUCCUUUUUCACCACGGGCUGACAUUUUUAUGGGAUAGCCGCCCGGCAAGUGCUAGCUAGCCGAAUCACGUGCGGACACAGCCGGCAUUUCAAAAUAAAAGCAGCACACUUGUUUCGCGUCCACAGAAUAAAUAUUUGUUUGCUUUCCUUUUUGAGAGACAGGGACGACCAAAGGGCCGUAUAAUGCCCUGGCCUGUACUAUUUGCACUCUGCUCUACUCAAGACUAUUCUAUUCUGGCUCUCCUCUACUGUGUCACUUUACUCUACUCAGACUCGACCGACUCUACUCUGACUACUCCAACCCUGUCUCGACUAUUCUAUAACUCUACUCUGCCCCAACUCCCCUAUUGUGACUAGUUUGACACUAACUUGGGCCUAUUCUACUCUCUAAUGUUUGGAGUGCUCUCCA